AUGGCCAUCGAAGUCUCUGAUGCUGAUGUGCAGUUUGGAAGGUCUUCCUAUCUGGUUUGUCAGGGUGUAAAUGUACUUGAGGUCAAGCCAGUGUUCACCUUUAUCAACAAAAAGCGUCAAGUACAUGAGGGGAUGAAACUGGAGAACUUGGGUCAAUCUGAAGUGGUUCAAGGAUAUGACUGCUCGGAUAUAUGGCAAAGAAGUAAUAUUAGUACCAGUGGAAUAUACAUGAUAAAACCAAAGGAAGCUGAAUUAUCUUUCCCGGUAUACUGUGAAAUGUCUGAAAAUGGUGGCUGGACUCUAAUUCAAAGACACAAUGGAGCCGAUGGAUUGAGUUUUGAGAAAAUGUGGAAAGAGUAUGAAAAUGGAUUUGGCAACCUCGAAGGUGAACACUGGCUUGGGCUCAAGUACAUUUAUGCCCUGACAAACCAGAAGGACAGGUCCUCCCAACUGCACAUCAGCAUAGGGGACUUUGAUGGCCAUGAAGCUUAUGCAAGAUAUGAUUCCUUUAGCAUAGCCAAUGCAAGCAGCUACUAUAAAUUGUCAGCAGGAAAUUACUCGGGUACAGCCGGAGAUGCCUUCCUUGGAGAUGGAACAAACGGCACCAAUCAGCACGGCAGCACAUUCAGCGCUGUAGAUCUUGCCACUGACAAUUGUCACCCAUUUUGUAUGCUUGGGGACAUCAUUUACCUCAGCUGUAGUAAACAAUUCAGUGCCGGCUGGUGGUUUAACGCCUGUGGAUCUGCAAAUCUGAAUGGCGUUUGGCGCUCACCACCAAGAUAUAGAUACUGGGCCUCAUCAGUGUCGUGGCCAACAUGGAGACCCAGAGAGUCCCUGAAAUUCAGUAAAAUGUAUGUGAUCUAA